AUGACGUGUGUGGUCACACGACUUGCAGAUCAAGCAUGCUUGGUCGACACGUUUCGCCCCGCCCACCGGGGCUUCGUCAGAACCUUGUGGAUGACUGUGUCAUUUGUACAAUUUCUCUUUAAUCCUGAGGUACUGGCUGUACAGUAUGCUUCGAAUGAGAGGUGUGAGAUGCCCACUAUCCGCUCUAAAGAUCGUACCCACAUUUCUUUCUUCCUCUAUCCCCCUCCCCACUACCACUCUGUUCUGAUUUUAUUCCCAUCCCCAAAAUCCGAAGUUCCAGCACAUCUGACGUUAAGCAACCAAGGAAAGGAAGAAUAUGUAGCUACAUUCCGAGGAAAUGAAUUCUUCUGCUAUGACUUGUCCCACAGCCCAAUCCAAAGCAGUGCAGAUGAAAUUACUCUCUCCUUCAGGACCCUCCAGCGGAAUGGAUUGAUGCUUCAUACAGGGAAAUCAGCAGACUAUGUCAACCUUUCACUGAAAAGUGGUGCAGUGUGGUUGGUUAUCAACCUUGGAUCGGGUGCAUUUGAAGCUCUAGUGGAACCUGUCAAUGGAAAGUUUAAUGACAACAACUGGCAUGACGUUCGUGUCACCAGGAAUCUACGACAGCAUGCAGGCAUCGGACAUGCUCUGGUCACUAUUUCAGUUGAUGGGAUUCUCACUUCAACUGGUUACACCCAAGAAGACUACACAAUGCUGGGAAGUGACGACUUCUUCUACAUUGGAGGCAGUCCAAACACAGCUGAUCUCCCAGGAUCCCCUGUUAGUAAUAACUUUAUGGGAUGCCUUAAGGAUGUUGUCUACAAAAAUAAUGAUUUCAAACUUGAACUGUCCCGUCUGGCUGCUGAUGGUGAUCCAAAGAUGCGAUUAAAUGGUGAUCUUUUAUUUCGCUGUGAAAAUGUUCCUUCUUUAGACCCUGUUACAUUUCAAGUACCUGAGGCAUUUUUACAGCUUCCCCGUUGGGAGACCAAGAAAGCUGGAUCCAUAUCAUUUGACUUUCGCACCACAGAGCCAAGUGGUCUUCUUCUUUUUAGUCAGGGAAGGCCACGUGCUGGUGGAAAUGCACCUGGAACAAUUCCCGGAGGAGUUGCCACUGGACGACCUGAAAGACCACCAAAAGCAGAUUAUUUUGCAGUUGAGCUACUUGAAGGAACACUCUAUCUUCUUCUUGAUCUUGGGUCUGGUGGAAUUAAAGUAAAAGCAAGUCACAAAAAGGUCAACGAUGGAGAAUGGUGCCAUGUUGACAUCCAGAGAGAUGGCAGAAAAGGUUCUAUCUCAGUUAAUAGUCGGAAUACACCCUUCCAGGCUGGGGGAGAGAGUGAAAUUCUUGACCUUGAAGGAGACAUGUACCUUGGAGGUCUUCCAGAACCCAGAGAAGAUCUUCAACUACCCCCUGAGGUCUGGACAGCCUCCCUUGGCUUGGGAUUUGUAGGUUGCAUAAGAGACCUUUUUGUAGAUGGAAAAAGCAGAGACAUCCGACGGCUGGCUGAAUCAUCAGAAGCUGCGGGUGUUGCCCCUUUCUGUACUCGGGAGACUCAACGGCACUGUACAAAUUCUCCAUGCAGAAAUGGAGGACAAUGCAGAGAAGGCUGGAACCGCUUUAUUUGUGACUGUGUGGGGACAGGGUACCUUGGGGACACAUGUGAGAGAGAAGCGGCAGUCCUGAGCUACGAUGGCAGUAUGUACCUCAAGGUCCUUCUCCCUGGAGUCGCCCACACAGAAGCAGAGGAUGUUUCUUUACGUUUCAUGUCUCAACGAGCAUAUGGGCUUCUUCUGGCCACCACUUCUAAAGAGUCUGCAGACACUCUGCGACUAGAACUUGAUGGAGGAAAAGUGAAGCUCACUGUAAACCUAGACUGUAUUCGGAUAGUGUGCGGGCCCAGUAAGGGCCCAGAGACGCUGUUCGCAGGACAAAAGCUAAACGAUAAUGAAUGGCACACAGUUAGAGUACUACGUAGAGGAAAAUAUCUGCAGCUCAGUGUGGACAAUGUCACAGUAGAAGAUUUUGACUUCACCUUUGCAGGCUUUCUCAUUCUUGAGGGGGUGGUGGCAACUCUUGAAGUGGAGAUAAGAGUUGCCAGCUGUGGGUUUGGCGUGGUCGAAACACCACGCCAUCCUGAAAGAGGGACUACUACCACCACCACUCCACCCCAUCCUCUUGACCACCACCGGACGAUUACAAGCGAAUACUCACCCAGCCUCAGUCGAUGUAAACCACUGCUGUGGUGUUGUCCAGAUGCCCCCUUAGUUGAGGGGUCCCACACUGAUUUGGAUAACCAAAGAAAGCUCAAGAAUGUUGUUCAGGAGACAAGCCUCUCCAGUGACCAUGUCAUUUGGCUGAGAGAGUCCAAGUCUAAGACUCCUCCCCAGCCCGACACGCCAGAAUCCAUCGUUAUGUGCUUCCAGCAGAGUGGUAGGUAUGACUUCCCCAACUCCAGCAGUGGGUCUUGGAAUGUAGGUAAAUUUGUGUUGGUUCAGAGACUGAGACUUCUUGUCUAA